GCGGCGAUGUCUGACCCUACAAAAGAGGAGCCUGCUUGUUGUUUAUGUUUAGUGACAGAAAGGCGACUGUUUUGCCUGAAAAAUAACAAAGCCUCACGAAAUGAGGUGCAUUCUGUAAUCGAAUUCUUGAUUUCAAAACCACUUGAACGCAUUUUUGACAAGCUUUUCAUUUGCCAGGCUUGUAUGAAUCUCUGUGACAAGAUAACAACAUACAGGGCGAAUGCCAUAGCACAUAUCGAUAAAGUGACUGCCGAAACUAAAAGAGUGUUUAACGGAUUAGAUAGAGUGGUUACCGAAUCUGAUAAUGUGGUUACCGAAUCAAGUAGAGUGGUUACCGGAUCUGAUAGAGAGGUUACCGAAUCUGGAAGAAUUUUAACUGAAUCUGAUAGAACCAAAACAAGUGCCAUUACACCAGUUCAGACUCUUCAAGCACUCUCUAGGAUGGCAAAAGCUGCUCAAAAUACUACCAUCUCUGACGAAAAACUGAAACUGUCAGAUCGAAUUAACAAAGGCAGGAGCAGCCGUGCCACUGCUCGAAAGACAAAACGGAGCAGACCUUCUGAGGAUCAUUCAUAUACAAGGAAAAAAAAGGCUGAAAGUCCAAGCACUAAGGAAAUAUAAGCUAAUAUGCUUACUACUUAACACAUAACUGUGAAAGCGCAAGUGUAAUUCAAUUAUGAUGUACAAAGUUUAAAAUGACUGCAUGAAGAUUUUUUUUUAUAAUAUGUGGGCCGAGUCACUUUUUUUAUGAAUACAAAAUGCAACUUGGCUACAACGACUGGCAAUCCGAAGCAUAACAGCAUCACUGAAAGGCCAACGAACUGAACAAACGUGAACAAAAAGGGCUAAGUCUUCAAUACAGUAAUGGAGGAGCUACUUAUUGCAUUUGAUGUCCAGGGAAGAGAGGAAGCUCUUGAAGUGGAAGGCAUUGUCCAGGCACAACAUGAAACGUUACAAUGUGACCAGUAUAUAGCAACUAUAAAUGAUGGGAAAAUGUUUACAUUAAACUUAACAUAGAUGGCUGUGACUUAGUUGUUGAGAAUUACUUUGAAUCUUUGAAGAAAGGAUGUCCAUUAAAAGUAGUCAAUAAGGUGCAUAAUGUUAUGUUGUGAAAGUUUGAAAAGAAUGAUAAUCUCUUAAAUAAUAAUUAAUGUCAAGAAUUUUCUUCAAUGGGUUUUUUCAUUGUAUAAAAUGAAAGAAUGAUGUUAAAAGAACCUUUAUUGUUUUCGAAAACAUUAUUCUUUUUUUAUAGUCAUUCAAGGUUGUACAAAUAUCUUACGGAUUGGAACAAUUACAUUAUAUUAUGUCCACAUGUUCAUGUUUUUCCUGACUAUUUUCCAUGAGUAAUAGUUGUAUUACUGUAAUUAAUAAAGAGUAUUCAUAUAAUAUAAAACUACAGUUGAGUCCUGUUAGCUUGAAUUCCUCGUUUGCUCGAACUAGAUGUAAAGGACUGAUUUCUUAAUACUGAGUGUAAACAAUAUUGCUUGGCUCAAAUUUACCGAGGCUUGAGGUAUUUUCGCCAGUUCCUGGGAGUUGGAGCCAAUGGGGUUCGACUGUAUAGUCAUCAAUAAAUAACUGAACAAUUACAAUACAUAAAUCAUUAGCAAGGAAUUUAUUGGGGGAUAUAUUAUAUGUAUUCUUUUAGUUCUUAGUUUUAUAAACUGUAUGUAUAUGGUAUAUAUUGCAUAUUAGUUUUAAGCUUGAUGCUGUGUAAAAGAUACCAGUAAUUACGUACAUAUAAAUAGAAAGUCUGUUGUACCUCAAUUUGUGUGGCUAUAAUUUUUAUAGUCAUUUUAACUUGAAAUGUGUAUAUAUAUUAAUGUAUGGAAAUAAAUAAAAGAAAUACAUAUAUAUAUAUGUAUUGAUGAGACUGAAUAAAACUAAUCAAAAUCAUUAAGACCGAGUAUACAUUUGUCUCUGUAAAUGUCCUGAAAGGAAUGAGCAGGUAUUGUUGCUAAUCCAAGGAGAAAGCAAGGGCCUGUAUACAUCUACAUCUAGGUAGAGCCUAAAAAAAUUGUUUGGUUAGGGUUAUAUUCUUUUCAAAAAUAGGUAGGGUAGGUAGGCUUUUUUUAUUAUUAGGCUUUAUGUAAGAAUGUCAUUUUCAUCAUUGGAGAAUGGUGUUAAAGUUAUCUCCUGUAUCAGUGUGUGUAUACCACGUGAUAAAUUACGUCAUAAAUGCUACGUCGGAAGGCAAUAUUUUGCUUCGAAUAAAGACUUAAAACAAAAGUAACUUCACUAUUUCUUCACCAUUUGCAAUGAAACAUAGCGCAGUCUACGCCUCUUAAUGAGCCCCACCUUCGGUCUUUACCAGAGUUUGAGAGUUUAGUUUCUUCAAUCACUUCGACAAACCUUUUCACAUUACGCCGUCUGACGGAACACUGUCCAAACAUUAUUUUGGAAACAGGUUUGUUGAAGUGUUUGAUUAAACUAUUUACCUUCUCAAACUUCGGUAAUAAAACAAAGGCGGGGUUCUUUAAGCGGCACAGACUGCCCUUUGUUUUAUUUAAAACGGUGUACUAAAAGAAAAGUUAUCUUUGAUUUAAGUCUUAAUUGCAAAAUAUUGCCUUCCGACGUAGCAUAUAUGACAUCAAUUAUCACGUGGUAUACACACACUGUGUAUAAGCAUUUAAGGUUUUAAACUCCAUGUUUAGGAAUGAGUGUUAAAGUUAUCUCUUAUUUAAGAAUGUCAUUUUCAUCAUUUUAUUUAUUUUUUUCAAACUGACUAAAAAAAACGGUAGGGUCGGCGCCUAUUCCGUAGGUAGGGUCGGGUAACCCGAACCAAAUGUGUUUGUUUUUAGGCCUAGUUUCUAACUUAAGUCGAUUUCUUAAAAUUUUUAUAGACAAAUUGAAAGAAAUGUAUAAGCGUUUUAACAUUAAAGUAUGUCGGUAACAUCAAUAAAAAUAAUGUAUUUUGGGAAAUUGUUUUUGUUUUAUUCAUAUGACUAAGGAGACGCUUAAAAUUUGGAAAGAGACUCGAGUUAGGUAAUGACUAGAAGUUUUAUGUACCCCUUGUAAAA